CCGGGGAAGGCGACUGACACGCUGACGUGAGCCCCGAGGUCCGCUUACAGUGGCUGGCGGAGCUGAAACGCGCUGGCGAUUCAAUUGAGACUUUGCAGUUGGUAAAUCUCGUGUAAUUGACAAUGCUGGUAAGACAGCGAGUUGGAAGUGCAUGAUGGGCCUCACAGGCUGAGAAUGAGGAGAGUAUAAAGCAUGCCCCAGUGUACAGUCAAAGAACUGUUCUCCCUUCAAUUACCAUCUCUCAUCCUCUUUCCAAUCCAGCUCACUAAUCAUGAAGAUUCUUUUUCUUUCUAUUCUUUGGCCUGCUGUAGCCAGUGCUGCUGCGUGCAAGCCAGCACCCCCUAAGUCGAAAACCGCUUGCAAGUUGGCUGCCAUUGACAACGUGGAUACGAGUGUCGGCUUCAACUACAAUGGGGACUGUGCCCCAAGCACCGGAACUCUCAACGGCUUCAUGAUCUUUGUCGACUUUUCCGAUGCCGAACCCGCUCAGGGUGAAACCCCCCAAUCGCUCUACGACGCCGUGGUCCCCCAAACAACCGAAUGGUACAAGCAGGCCUCUCACGGGGCUCUGUCUUUUAAUGUCACGGCUGAUCUGUCCAAAUUCUACCGCAUGCCCACAUCAGCUGCAUCUUAUGGCUGGGAACGAGGUCUCACAUGGGCAGAACAUCAAGAAUACAUCCAGGAUGCUCUCGACGCCUAUACGGCCAAAGGCACUCGCCCCCCACCCCCCGAGUCGGAUGUCCUCUACGUUGUUCCCGUAAAUAGCGCCGGUGGCAGAGGAAUCUCUCGAUCCAUCACCUUUGUUACACGAGCCAACACCAGACAGGGUGAUUAUGUUGCCAGGAAGACCGUCACCGUUGGAACCGAUGCAUUCACAGGUUGGGGGCCAAAAAGCUGGAUUACAUUGGCUCACGAAACGGGACACACCAUGUGCUUGGCCGACUUCUACCCGUUCGAUAAUCUUGGCCUGGGUUACUACGUCGGUGGCUGGAGUGCCAUGGGGGACGUCUCUGGCAUUGGCCCCGAUUUCUUCGCCUGGGAUAAGUGGCGCCUGGGUUGGAUCAAUGACAAGUCUAUCGACUGUGUAUCGGAGCGAGGAACUACUCAGCACACUCUUACACCACUAGAGCUGAAGACUUCUGACAAUAACAUCAAAGCUGUUGUCGUCGCCGUCAACCAAACCUCAGCACUUGUCGCAGAGGCCCGUGUACCGGAGGGUCUUGACUCAGGCGUCUGCGCCCCCGGUGUCUUGCUCUACACGGUUGACACCUCGGUCAAGACAGGCUAUGGUCCUGUCCGUGUUCUGGAUGUAACCCCAGGAUCAGGUGGCUGUGGUACUGAUAGUGUCUACGACAAGAACGAUGGAACGCUGUCCCUGGUUCCUGGUGGAGUGAGCUCGUACAAGGUUCCUGGCUGGGGAGUUGAGGUUACUGUAGUCAAGCAGACAGAGAAGAGCUAUACCAUUCAAGUUGACGCUGAGUUUUAGGGGUUAGAGUUUAUAUUAGAGGUGUUUUUGCAGCGUAAUGGAGUAGACAAUCAAGAAAUAGAUAGCCAAUAGACGGGGUCAGGGUUA